UCUGGCUCGCUCCGGCUGUGCUCCGCUAAGCUGUGCCGCAUCUGCGCCUCUCCUCUCGUCUCCAGUGCUGCAAGCGAGGGAGUCGCCGCGGCCGCCUCUCCGUCUCGGCCAUGCCCAGCGUCGCCGCCGCUGAAGGAUGAGCGUGGCCCUUCGCCACCGGCCUGGAGCCCUUGCCUUGCUCCCGUCGCUCCUCCGACUCCUGCCCUUCGCCUGCUGCCUCCUGGCUAGCCAGCCCGACUCAUGUCCUCGGAGCUUGGAUUGUGUGCUGAAGAGGCGGCUCCCCUGCUCUCGCGGAUCCCACACCUGUGGACCUUGUCUCACUCCACUUGUGGAAGAUGAAGAUGGUAGAUGUGUCUCAAGAAAGGGUGAGGGGAGAGCACGACUUUCGUUUUCCAACUCAGAGAAAGAAAUUAAUUUAAUAGCUGAUGCACUAUCCAGACAAAAUGCUGCCCAUUUGCGUCUCAGUCAAGAUGAAACCGUGGCCUCUGCAGGGGAGCAUUCCCAAGCUGAUGCGUUGGGGGCCAAGUCCUCGCAAAAGAGCCAGCCAGGACACCCGACUGCAAUGUCUCACCCUCCCUCUUCCACAGAGACUGUGAAGAGCUCUCCGUUGGAGUCUUUGCACAUGACUUCAAAUGAUGCCCUUAUCCUUGGUAUGAUAAUAGUGUGCACCAUUGCAGGGAUCUCUGCUCUGGUUGUGGCAGCAGUUUGCUGGUGCAGGCUGCAAAAGGAAAUACAGCUUGCACAGAAAGUGGACUACCCAGCUCACAAUCUACCAGGCCCUCUGUCCUACGAUAAGAUCUCGCCUGGAGACAAAAAGUUGGCACAGAGUGCUCAGAUGUACCACUACCAACACCAGAAGCAACAAAUGCUCUCCAUGGAGAAGCAUAAAGAAGAGCCCAAACUGCCAGAAUCUGCAUCAUCCGAUGAGGAAAAUGAAGAUGGAGACUUCACUGUUUACGAGUGCCCGGGGCUUGCUCCUACUGGUGAGAUGGAGGUGAAAAACCCACUCUUUGACGAUUCCUCCUUGCAUCCUCCGCCCCCCAAGCUGCACCCCUGACCUCUGGCCGAACAUGCUGUGGACUCUGUGCACCAAGCGCCCUGCAUAGGAACGUUCCCGAACCACAGACCUCAUAAAGAAAGUGCCCGUCGCAACGUGCUCAGACGCCCGACUGUUAGAAACCCCCCUUUGCAUUGAAUCUGUCGAAUGAACAAGUGUUGUUGGCUUGGUGGGGGGGGGGCUUGCUUCACUCGCCAGCUCUUGUUUGCUAUCGCCUCCAUGCCGUCUGCUCGAUCCGCUGCCUCUCGCUGUUCAGAUGGCACCUGGACAAUUAAUGCAUUUGUGAUCUCUGAUUGGCUUGCUUGUUUGGUGGGGGGGGGGGGAGAAGGACAGGGUCCCUUGCUUUUCUAGUUUUCCACAGCCUUUGGAAAACCCUAUGUCUUAUUGCAAAAACCAAGAGAUGCAUUCCCCAUCAGCCUUUUGUGUACAAGGAUGGAAACGGCAGAAAUCAAAACAUUUCAAAUCCAAGGCUUCCCCCCCCCCUCCCCCAGGUUACUUUCAGUCUUGCUGAUCCAUCUGUGGCAAGUUCCACGUGUUAGAUUGCUGCUGCCUAGGCUUAUAACUUGUGUAGCUUGGAGGGGAGGGAGAGCCUGCAGCUUUUUGUACCAAAUGGUUUUCCUCCUGUCCCAGUAAACACCCUGGGUUGGGAGAUCAUCACAAAGCCCAUUUUAGAGGGGAGGCAAUUCUUUAUUGGAAAAAUACAUGAUAUAAGACAUAGAAGAUGCAGAGAAAAUGCAAAUUGCUAUAGAAUAUAAUGCCUCUAUGAAUUCAACAAAGAGUAUCACAAAAGAGUAUCAUGAAUUUUAAGACAAGUGGACAUAUACCACCAUUUUCUUCAUUUCCACCCCAUCACAGAGUGGCUAUUUAUACAUUUGUCUGAUUGGGUGUUAGAAUUUCUGAGGCUUCAGUGUCGAUGUACUGGUUUUUGAAUGGUUGUUGCUUUGUCCGUGCACAGAAGAGUUGGGGCAAAGGGGGGUGGGGCUGUGGCAAAGUGGGGAAGGGUCUUGGAUAUUGAGUUGGGUUUGAUCCAGGGAAUGAUUUCCAGUUCUCCUCCCACCCCCCACCCCACCCCACCCCACCCCCGUGACUGAUCUGUGAGUAGGUAAGGCUCAGCUGUUGCUUCUCUUAUUGAAUGUGGGUGGGACAGAACUGGAAUCCAUCACCUUGGGUCAUAUUCCCAGGUACCUCACUGCUGGUGGCAGCCUGGAGUUGAGCAUUCUCUAGUCAGCUAUCCAGCAUCACUGGGUGAACACUAAUACUAUUUGUGCUGAACGUAUGCAUAUGCCACAGUGCCCUCCCCUGAAUAUUUCCUUCAGACUUUAUUCUUCUUGUAACUUCAAUGGUUGCAACCUUUGCUUCUGUGUUUUACACAUGGCAGUGAAUCUCACCUUCAUUAUCCUUAAUUAGGCACCAAGCAUACCCCAUAAUUCUUUGCAGUGAGAAAGGGAUUAUGGGGGAAGUUUGCUUUUGCAAGAAUUCACUUGUGAGUGGUUCUAUCCAGAAUGGCUGAAGGGCACCCAGUUCUGAAAUAGUUGGCACUUCUGAUGACACCGUCUCUGUGCUGCUGUAUCUGUGAUGAAUGAGAGUAAAAAGAGAACUUCACGUGAA